CCCUCUCCCUUCUCCAAGACUCCAACCAUGUUCUGGCUCCGACUGAACCACGACGCCACCGUUCUCCUCCGCCAGGCCUUGGCGGCGCUCCUCGACAUGGCCGACUCCUGCAACGUCGAUAUCAUUCCGGCGGAGGCGAUCGUCUCGAUUUCCGGCAACACCCCGACCGCCGUGAACCGCGCGCUACUGCGGAUUCCGAAUUCGGCCUCUGCUUACCUCGAAUGCGACGAUACUUAUGGUCUAGUGUCCUUCGUCCUCAACCUCCGUGACCUGCACUUCGAUCUGAGCCGCGCCGUCGCCGACGAAGAGGUCAACAUCCACGGCGAUGACGACGAGGAUACGAUCGUCAUCGUCACUCGGAAUCCCGAAACUGAGGAGUUUGCUAUGUCUCAAUUGGAAUUGACUGAAGCUGAAAGAAAUAUACCGGAGUUAGAUUACCAAUACCGAGCCAUUAUUGGAUUACCUUCACAGAAGUUUAGACAUCUUAUCAGAUAUAUGCAGUACUUUGGGAAUUCUGUUUCUGUACAUGCAACUGAUACUGAAGUCAAGUUUUCUGCACUAAAUGAGGAAGUUGUUUACAGGACAGAGCUUGGGCAAUGUAUUAUUGGGGGCGUCCAGCGUGAACAUCCAGUUGCCUUCAUUUUCAGCCUCCACUUCCUCAAUGUUAUCCUCAACGCGUGCGUUCUGUCAAACAUUGUAUGGUUGCUCCAGUCUGCUGACUCACCCCCCAUGCUGAAUUUCGCUGUUGGUUCAAUAGGCAACAUCAUGCUGUACUUCCCUGUAGGCCAUGAUGAAUAG